AUGGGAAAUAAAUGCAGCUGCGGGGAAAUGAGUAAUGCAAAAGUGGGAAUAAGAAACAAAGAAGAGAACAAAAAAUUGAAAGACAUGUACCUGUGUUGGGACGAAAAUUUGGAAAGGAGUAUGUUGAGUGAAACUGAAGAAACAGAAGAGGAAAGCUAUUUUUAUCGCUUGAAGAAAAAAAAAAAUAUGAACAAGUCAGGCGAAAAAUGCAAAGACAAAAAAAAUAUUAAUAAUGAAGGGGACAAAAAAGAAGGCAACAAUUUUAGUGAUAGUUUCGAAAGAGACUAUGUAAUUAAUGUUAAGAAAAUAUUAAUGUAUGUUAAAGAAUAUGAAGAAGACUUUUUCCUUUACUUUAAAAAAAAAAAUGUUACAAGUUUAAUUUUCUUAAAAUAUAUAAUUAUGAAUUAUUCAACGUAUAUGAUGUGCGUGGACGACACUGGCGUUAUAUACCUUGGAGAAAUUAGCGAUAAUAAUGAAAAACACGGAUUAGGGGUUGUCAUCACACCUGACCAGUGCAUAUAUAUAGGCGAAUUUGAAAAUGAUAAAAUUACUGGGUUUGGUUUGUAUGUUCAUUUUUCCAAAAGUAAAUAUAUAGGAUAUUGGAAAGGAGGAAAAGCAAAUGAGUAUGGAAUUUUUAUACAUCCAAAUGGAACAUUUUAUAAAGGAUUAUGGUUAAAUGAUAAACAGAAUAGAAAAGGAAUUGAACAUGUUCAUAAUAAUUAUGUCUUUAUUGGAAAUUAUAAAAAAGGUAAUAAAAAUGGUUUUGGUGCUUUCAUAUGGGAAAAUGAAUCAAUAUAUAUUGGAAAUAUAAAAAAUAACUGUUUUUCUAAAAAAGGCAUUUAUUUUUUUAGAAAAAAAAAAAUAUAUAUAGGGAAUUGGAAAAAUAAUUGCAUACAAGGGAAUUGUGAAAUUCUGUGGUUAGACAAGAGACAGUUCUACGGUUAUCACACGAGCACCAAUAAUAAAAAAGGUGUAGGAAUUUAUAAAUGGAAUGAUGGGAGAAUAUAUUUUGGGAACUGGACAAAUAAUAAACAACAUGGUUACGGAAUUUUUAUUUUGAUAAAGCAUGUUAGAGAAUACGAGAAGCAUCACAAAAAACCUUUCUUCUUCUUUUUUAGGGAUACACAUCAAGUUAAAAAAUAUUUUUUUCUGAAUCUGUCUAACGAGUCCUUUUUUGAUGAAGGACCAGUACAUGCCACGUUAGAAAGGGUAAUAGGGGGAACCUAUGGUGAAACAGAAAAAGGAAAAUAUGGAACUAACAAAAAGGAGGAAAAAUUCCCUCAAAAUGGAGUCAACAAAGAGGAGGAGAAAUUCCCUCAAAAUGGAGUCAACAAACAGGAGGAGAAAUUCCCUCAAAAUGGAAUCAACAAAGAGGAGGAGGAGAAGAAAUUCCCUCAAAAUGGAUUCAGUGAAGAGCUAGACAAAUGCAACCACUACGACGCGUACCACUUCUUAACAUUGCUGAUGUGCAUGAACUAUUAUCAGACCUGUUGCUCCUAUUUCGAACAUUUGAAAACAAAAAAAAAAUGCAAUAAUUUUAAAUUUAACCACAACUUUUAUGGAAAAAUAAAAGACCACAUUUGUUCUGUUACAAAUUACUAUUUAGAUAAUUGGGGGGAGAACAUUUUUCAUCAAAUGGGUGAUAUAAAAGACGAUGCUUUCUACUUCCAUCCACAGUAUCAAACAUCAGCGAGGGUAAAAAAAAUGCACGAAGGACAACACGAUGAAUUUCUUCAAUAUCGUAGUUAUGAGAGGAGGGUAAGCCACGCUUAUGAAAGUUCCUAUGGAGAGAAUGAGGAGGAACAACAAGUUAAGAAGGAACCAGGUAAGAAGGAACCAGGUAAGAAGCAACUAGCUAAGAAGCAACAACAGGGAAAGGAGGAAAAAUCGGGAGGCAUUCCUGGGGGAAUAGACAAAGGGAAAGAAGAAGAACCAUUUGAAGACAUAGAACGUUUGAAAAAAUACCUCAGUUGCAUAAACCUGAGCCGUAUAAACGAAAGAGACAUAAACAUACACAACCCUGUAUUUGCACAUGCUUCAAGUAAUAUUAUUCUCAAACUGGGAAAGUGGAAAAAUGGAAAAUUAAAAAAAUGGAUACACUCCAGCGAACAUCCACCUUCCAGUAGAAUUGGAAAGAUAGUAACCACUCAAACAAAUGGACAUUCAGAUUUGUCAAAUGAAAAAACAAAAAAGAAAAAAGAAACAAAAAAUUCAGAAUUGUUUCCCAAACGGUGUAAUCACUGUGUGAUCGACAAAUUUUUAGAUCGCAUGUCUUCCUCAGAAGUUAGCAGUAAACCCAAGGAAGAGGACAAGUUGUCAAAGGAUACAGAGGAACUGUACUUUUCCAGGAACCUCAGGAAUGGGGGUAAACGGGAGGAAACGAUGACUCAGGAGAGAAGUGACGAUGGGGAAGUUAGUAUCAAAUCGGGUAUAGAAUCUGGUACCGAAUCUGGCAUCGAAUCUGGUACCGAAUCUGGUAUCGAAUCUGGCAUCGAAUCUGGCAUCGAAUCUGGCAUCGAAUCUGGCAUCGAAUCUGGUGUCGAAUCUGGUAUCGAAUCUGGCAUCGAAUCUGGUGUCGAAUCUGGUACCGAAUCUGGUACCGAAUAUAGUGCCAAAUCUAAUAGUGAGGUUAGCAUCCAAGUUAGUGGAGACGAAGGAGACCAACAACUGGGGGGAAGGCGGUGGCCAUUGGCCUCCGCUGAAAAAUGGAACAAAGUGGGAUCGAUUCAAGUACAGAAAAAUUUUAAGGGUAACGAGAACUUUUUUCAAAGCAGGAAAAUUUACAGUGACAAAAAUAAAAAUAGAAGCAGAAACACCCCAGGCAACACAGGAAGCAGAAAUUCGACAGGAAAUAAUUCUAACAUUUUCGAUUUGAGAAAAAAAGAACAUAUGGCCAAUUCAAUCGUAGAGGAAGAGGACAAUGUACAAAAUAAUUCUAUGGAUAUCAAGAGUGUAAGGUAUGAAAAGGUUCGAAGGGGAGGAAUGUCUGGAGUGGCACCUAGAGAAGUAGCUGAUGUAGUAUCUAGCGUAGUAACUGGUGUAACAAGAGUCCAAUUCCCAAAUAGAAGAGAUGGCCAAAGUUUUAGCCCCCAUAAAAAUGUUAAAGGGAAUAAUGAAACAAGAGUUCAAGAUAGAUACAUAAGUAGUAUGCAGGAUGAGGUCAGUAAUAUGGAUGAGGAUAAUGAAUGCACACCAAGAGAAAGAGCAAUGGAAAAAGAAAAAAAAAUAAAAAAUACUUUUGAAAUUAAUGUACGGAAUGUUUUACGUGAGGAAAAGGAGCAUCAUCAUGAUCAUUAUCAUCCCACUUUGGAAAAAGAAAAUCAAAAUACAGAAGAAAAAUUGUCAAUACGAUUGAACAGACGAAGUCAUAAAAAUAAUGUAACCAAUACUAAUGAGACGCAUCCUCAUUUUCACAACCUUCCACAAAAAGAUGAACAUGUCAUCACAAAUACUACUUCACGUAAUUAUGAUUUGCCAAAAAAAGGAUUUUCCUUAAUAUGGAGUUUGAAAAAAAUGAAGAAUUCCCAUUUAUCAGCAAAUGAGCACAUCACUUUUGAAGCCCCAAGUACAAAUGACUUAGAUAAAAGUGAUAAAUCGGGAGCACAUCCGAAAAAAAAUAAGUCCAUUUUUGCAAAAUUACUAAGGUCAAGCCGGGACAGACGUAUAAAGGGAAAAAUACAACUGCAGUGA